UUGCAACUAUGUAAAGUUGGCUACAGGAGAAUAUUUACGUCAGAUAAUUACAAAAUUGCGCCGCCGUGGUUCAGUGAUAUUGCGAUUCUAAUGGAUAAUGUUGAAGAUCAAUAUCUAACAGAUGAUGUAAUAUUGUUGGAUGUUAGUCGUAGGGCUAACGAUUACAUAAAUCUUGCGUCAAAAACAUUACGUGACGUGACAAUAUGUGUUCUUGAACUUACCCAUGAUCGUCUAAAAUAG